GAUGACAGAAAAGUCGCAAGUUGUGAGGGGCGCAAAACCCCUGUCAUCCUCUCUCUGAUCUUGUGAGCUCGAGGUUAGGGAUAUCAUUUGGUAUCAGAGCUGAAGAUUUGAGGGCCAUGGCGCAAGCUGCUGGACAAGGAUGCGGCGGUGGCAGGAUCCCACCGCCACUCCCUCUGCCUCGCUUCUCAAGUACCCCUCCUCCGGUGAAUCGGCGACGAUGAUCGCCAAGCCGGAGAUGGAGCCGGGUACGUCAAGGAGGCAACGAGAUCGUCAUCUAGCAAUAUGUGGUGCGCAAGACCGCUGGCGGCGGCGGCACCAGCCUGUCCUUCCCGAUGCUGAAGCGGGGUCAGUACAUCAACUGGACGACGGUGAUGGAGGUCAACCUCCAGGCCGCGUCGUUGUGGGACACGAUCGAGGAUGACGACGUACCAUGGCGCGAGGACAAGCAGGCCCUGGCGGCGCUGCUGCGCUCCACCCCGCCGGAGAUUCACUGCAUGCUCACCAGCAAGGGGAGCGCGAAGGUUGCAUGGGAAGCCAUCUGCGUGCAGCACCAAGGCACCAACCGUGUGCGCGACACGCGCGUGCGAUGGCUCCAAACGGAGUUUGAAACCAUCUGCUUCAAGGACGGCGAGCGGAUCGACGACUUCGGCAUGCGCAUCACCAACCUUGCAUCGUCCCGGCGCUCCCCCGGCAACGCCUGCAAUGACGAAAAGGUUGUAAGAAAAUUCUUAUCACUCGUGCCAUCCAGGUUCGUGCAGAUCGCGUUCAGCAUGGAGGCUAGCAACAUGCCUGCACGCUCAGCUGAGUUGAGAAUUGUGUAAGGCAUGCAUCUUCUUUCUUGUGAGGACCUCCCAUAGCGACGCUGGAUACGCGUUGGCGUGUCGCCUAUGCUAUCACGCUUCACCGGCGAGAGCUUGCCUUCACCGACAGAUUCCUCAUCGUCAGGCACGACGCAGGCAGGUUCGUCCUCCUCGACCACAAGGAGGUGGCGAUUGGCACGCGAUCGAUCCUGGAGGGAGAAUCUGCAGAAUCAGGAGGUUUGGUGGAGUUUCCAUGCCAUUUGGUCCAGGUUCCGUCGCAUCCGGUUGGACUCAGUCGCGAGGAGACGCAUGGAGGCAAUUGAGAGGCGAGAUAUGCUCUGAGAUCAACGCAUGCAGGGCCGGCGCAUCAGGAGAAGGGAGGAGCGGAUUCGGGUCUGGAUGGGGGAGCACGGGUCUCUGCACACCAGGGCCCCCAUGGUGGCGAGGUAAGAGUGGAGCGGUUGGCUUUAUCCCCUUUCUCCGGUUUCAAUCUUGGCUCGCUCUUCGCUCAUUUAUGGAGGGCACCUAGGGUAUCUGAGCCAGUCGAUUCCCCAUCUGAGUCGUUCGAAUGGUGGCCGGGGAAAGUCGCAGGUGACCAUUGAUCGUUCGCUCAGGUGGUUGUUUCUCCACCUAAAUCCCCAAAAAAUAUUCCACAGUCAAUUCCUUCGAGGUCGAUGGGCAACAGAGGUGGGCGGGCGAUGGGGAAUCAGAGGGGAGGUGGCGGCAACGGCCGUGGGAACAUGGGAAGGUUCGACCGGCCGCAGCAGAAUCACAACCUGGUCUGGCAGACAGAUAUGUCGGAGAGCUCGAGAUCGAUGGGUGGUGGCUCUGAAGCAAAAUCAAGGUGGGAGGCGGCUGCGGCCAAGGAGAAACAAGGUGCAGGAGGGAGGAGGCCGGAAGGGCAGGCAAAAUCUCCGACGGCUGUGAAUCCUCCACGGCAAAACACGGGUAACAGUCUGCAGUGCGCUCUUCCUACGGCUGCAGUUACAAUUGCAAUACUACAUGUCACCUUACUUCCUUGUGCCCAACUAUUAGAUGUGAGAGAUGUGGUAAACUGGGUCAUAUUCGACAGAUUUGUCAGGUAGUUUUACCGUGGGAAUGUGUGGCCUCUAUGUGUGAUUUCCAGACUCCUGGCUUGGGUUUUUUCUAUUUCCCUGACUCAUCUGAGGUGAAACAUGUUAAGGAAAGGGAGUAGUAUUGUCAUAACGGUUGUGCAAGGGUCUCCAACGACCAGAGAUUUAGAGCAGGAGUUCGAUGAAUAUUUGGGGACUAGUUGGAGAUGCACUGCUCAUCCUAUAAAUACUAAGCAAUUCUCUAUGAGGUUCCCUACUACUAAGGAAGUGGAGAAAGCAUGUUACCUUGGUGAACAUAUGAAAAUGAGGGUCUGCAAUGCUGUGAUUAACUUGGCGCCUUGGUCUGCAACGCCAGGUGCAAAAGCAGUACUACACAAAGCCUGGGUAAAAGUAAAAAAUAUCCCUGCAGAUAAAAGGAGUGCUUCUGUGGCCUAUGCUGGUUCCUUGGUGGGUGUAACCUUGGAGGUUGAUCAGGAAACUCUUAAUCGUCCGGAUUAUUGCAGAAUCUUGUUGGGAUGUUUCGUGAUAUUGAUGAAUUGCCUCCUUGUGAUGAAGGUUGUUUGGGAGAUUACUUCCAUGACUUCUAUUAUGACUUGGAACCUGUGGUGGUGAGAGGUCCACCUGCGACAAAAAUGUCUAUAUCUACCUCUGAGAGAUCCUCUCCUAAUGUUCCAUCACCCAAGCGGUCAAGAAUUGAUCACCAUAGGCCUGCUGAAUCAUCCGAGGGGCAAACUAGAGCAAGUUAGAAUGUUACCUAUGGAAAAAGCUAUUCCAAUAAUUUGGAUGUGGUGCCUGAAAAUGACUAUGAGGAUGAUAGUGAAGAGGACCACGAGUAAUUGAUUGACACUAUUGCCAGGGAACAACUGGAGAAAAACCAGCAACAGGACAUGGAUAUUGUGAGGGUUUGUGGUGACUCUAUUGUGGAAGAGUAUGCUCCUAAUAUCAAGGAAUCUUGUAAUUCUGUUACUGAUACAGGCUUAGAUCUCCAGCAAAAAGUUACUGUGACUGAUGAUACUUUUGUCCUUUUGAAAGCUCCGGCAACACCUGUUGUAUCUAAAGAGAUUGUGUGUAUGGGCUACCAUCAAAAUGCAUAUGAAAGAUCUUACGCCUCUGUUUUAUGCAACAAAGAUUGGCCAUCGAUUCUUGUGGUGACUGAGGUGGGGCAUGAGUACGAUCCUACACCUGUUGUAUCUCCAGCGUAUACUGUGCAGUCUCCUGAAGAGGAAUCAGGGGACAAAACUUCUAUCAAGGCGGUGGAUAAUAAUAGUGAAGAGCUGGAGGAUGGAAGGAGGUCUAUGAGGAACCAACAACAAAAGAUGGAGAAGGUUAUGGAUCAAGCUGCUGCUAUAUCCAAGAAAAGGAAUCUGGAAGGCAGGCCUUUACAAAGCUGAGGAUGCAGAGAAGAUCAAAGGUGGUGCGAAGAAGCUGAUUACCAUGGCGGCAGAUUUGGCGAGGAAGACUCGGGAGACAGUCCCGGUACCUGAGAUACUGAUGAUUGAGGAUCACGAUCGACAUGCUGCUCAAAUUUGAAGAACUUGAGUCUAGUUGUUGUUGCCUGUUAGCUUUUGGAUAUGAUGGCUGUACUGUUUGUUAAACUCCUUGUUUCAGUCUUAGUGUUGAUAGGUUUUUGCCCCGUAGUAGAUGUUUCGAUGCCGAUUCAUCUGUCAGCGGGCUUCCUAUCGAUGCAAGGGCGCUCUUUCUUUCC